UAAAGCAGACGAAGAGAGUUCGGUGCAAACCGGAGGAGUUUACUAGACUCGCAAGCUACAAGUUCAUUCAACGAACGUUAUCAAGUGUGAAAGUAGAUCGUUUGAGAAGAAAGACAAUGGCAGCUAUUGGAAUCGACCUCGGCACCACGUACUCGUGCGUCGGAGUGUGGCAGCACGGGAACGUGGAGAUCAUCGCCAACGACCAGGGCAACCGCACCACGCCAUCGUAUGUGGCGUUCACGGACACGGAGCGCCUCAUCGGAGACGCAGCCAAGAACCAGGUGGCCCUGAACCCCAGCAACACAGUGUUCGACGCCAAGCGACUCAUCGGCAGGAAGUUCGACGACCCCAAGAUCCAGCAAGACAUGAAGCACUGGCCCUUCAAGGUAGUGAGCGACUGCGGCAAGCCCAAGAUCCAGGUGGAGUUCAAGGGUGAGACGAAGCGGUUCGCGCCCGAGGAGAUCAGCAGCAUGGUGCUGACUAAAAUGAAGGAGACGGCGGAGGCGUACCUCGGCACGGGCGUCCGCGACGCGGUCAUCACCGUGCCGGCGUACUUCAACGACUCGCAGCGCCAGGCCACCAAGGACGCGGGCGCCAUCGCCGGGCUGAACGUGCUCAGGAUCAUCAACGAGCCCACGGCCGCCGCACUCGCGUACGGCCUCGACAAGAACCUCAAGGGCGAGAGGAACGUGCUCAUCUUCGACCUCGGCGGCGGCACGUUCGACGUGUCGAUCCUCACCAUCGACGAGGGCUCCCUGUUCGAGGUGCGCGCGACGGCGGGCGACACGCACCUCGGCGGCGAGGACUUCGACAACCGGCUGGUGAACCACCUCGCCGACGAGUUCCGGCGCAAGUACAAGAAGGACAUGCGCGCCAACCCGCGCGCGCUGCGCCGCCUGCGCACGGCCGCCGAGCGCGCCAAGCGCACGCUGUCCUCCAGCACGGAGGCCAGCAUCGAGAUCGACGCGCUCUACGAGGGCAUCGACUUCUACACGCGCGUGUCCCGCGCGCGCUUCGAGGAGCUCAACGCAGACCUGUUCCGCGGCACCCUCGAGCCCGUCGAGAAGGCGCUGCACGACGCCAAGAUGGACAAGAGCCAGAUCCACGACGUGGUGCUCGUCGGCGGCUCCACCAGGAUCCCCAAGGUGCAGAGCCUGCUGCAGAACUUCUUCUGCGGCAAGAAGCUGAACCUGUCCAUCAACCCCGACGAGGCGGUGGCGUACGGCGCGGCGGUGCAGGCCGCCAUCCUGAGCGGCGCGCAGGACGCCAAGAUCCAGGACGUGCUGCUGGUGGACGUGACGCCGCUGUCGCUCGGCAUCGAGACCGCCGGCGGCGUCAUGACCAAGAUCAUCGAGCGCAACUGCAAGAUCCCGUGCAAGCAGUCGCAGACGUUCACCACGUACUCGGACAACCAGCCGGCGGUCACCAUCCAGGUGUACGAGGGCGAGCGCGCGAUGACCAAGGACAACAACCUGCUGGGCACCUUCGACCUGACCGGCAUCCCGCCCGCGCCGCGCGGCGUGCCCAAGAUCGACGUGACCUUCGACCUGGACGCGAACGGCAUCCUGAACGUGUCCGCCAAGGAGAACAGCACCGGCCGCAGCAAGAACAUCGUCAUCAAGAACGACAAGGGCCGGCUGUCGCAGGCGGAGAUCGAGCGCAUGCUGGCCGAGGCGGAGCGCUACAAGGAGCAGGACGAACAGCAGAGGCAGCGCGUGGCGGCGCGCAACCAGCUCGAGGCGUACGUGUUCAGCGUGAGGCAGGCGCUGGACGAGGCCGGCGACCGGCUCUCGGAGCAGGACAAGAGCGCGGGGCGCAGCGCGUGCGACGAGGCGCUGCGCUGGCUCGACAACAACGCGCUGGCCGAGCGCGACGAGUUCCAGCACCGGCUGCAGGAGCUGCAGCGCGCGUGCCAGCCGCUCAUGACCAAGCUGCACCAGGGCGCCGAUGCCGCCCCGGGUGGUGGCACCAUGCCCGGCGGCAUGCCUGGCGGCUACCAGCAAAGCAGCGGACCCACCGUCGAAGAAGUCGACUAAAACAAGUCUCAAGUAUCUAAACACUAUGUGAUAUUAUUUUCAAGACUGAUUGUUCCUAUGUAUUUAUUUUGUCAGCACUAAAUCUUCUGUUGAAUUAUGUUUAAGUGGCCAGUAUUAAUUUAAUCAAUAAUGUAAAUAAUGUUAAUAAAAAUAGAUUUAUUGAAA